UCUUUUUCUUUAAUAGAGGAUUUGUAUCCUGUUCAUAAUUAGGAAAAAAUGCAGAAACUACUGUCCUGCAACAUUUAUGGAGAGAGGCAGUGUCCUCUCGACUUUACAGGUGAGGAAAGGGAAACUGAGAGCAGCGAGUUUCCUUGAAAUCACAGAACUGGUGAGAGACGGAGGCAGGCUGUGAUCCAUUUAACCUCACUGACUCUACUAAUGCCAAGGUCAGCCUUUUCCUCCCGCAGCGUGAGACACAUCAGCCAGACGCCCGUCACAAUGAAUUUGGAAAAGACCCAAGAUACCAUUUCCAAUGUGGCAACUACAGAGACAGCUCCCGUCUUCAAAGGUGAAGAUGUAGAGCAACAAGAUGGCGGUCUCUCCCCUGAAGAAUUAAAAUUUCUGAAAGAGUUCCCCAUGAUGAAAGCGGAACUAGAAGCAGUCAUCAAAAAGCAACGUGCCAUCGCAGACGACAUCGACAAAACCCACAAAAAAUUCACCCAGACCAACCUGGUGACCGACUCCAUCGCUGUGGUCUCCGGGACCAUGAGCAUCCUGGGGCUGGCCCUCGCUCCGGUCACAGCCGGAGGAAGCCUGAUGCUUUCUGCUGCUGGACAAGGCUUGGGGGCAGUAGCCGGGGCCACCAGCCUGGCGACCAGCAUUUUGGAAUACCGUCACAAUAAACAAGCCCAAGCUCAAGUCAGCCGCGAAGUGUCUGACUCUGACCAAAAGGUCAAGGAGGCUGUCAACCGUAUCAUGGGGGCCGGAAAGACUGUCUAUUGCUUUGGGAAAACCAUUGAGAACAUUGAGAAUAACAUGCGGGCCUUGGAGUUAGUCAGAGCCUACCCGCUCCUGGCUGAGGCCGCAGAGCAGCUCCUCCUCACUGGCCAAGCCUCUGCCCGGACCACCAGGAUUGUGAGGAGGGCCUUCAGAGGCACCCCGCUAGCGAUGGGGACUAAAGCUCUCUUGAAGCACGGUGCCUUGGCUGGCCUCUUCCUCGGCAUGGACAUGAGCAGCCUCGAGAAGGACUGGAAGCAGCUGAAGGAGGGGGCCAGGACCGAGGAGGCGGACCAGCUGAGGGCCCAGGCUGAGGAGUGGGAGAGAAAGCUGGCAGAACUCACCCAGCUCUAUGAACACCUGCAGGAACUCAUCUUCCAAGGAAGAGGAAGCCGGUACGACUCUGUCUCAGCCCCCAGCCAAGCUAGGGGAAGCAGGCCCCCAGGUCACAGCAAUCGCUGGAUAAGAUCCUUUGUCUGCGCACAGAAGGACUGGAACCUGCUCCACCAGAUUCCAUCGGGAAGGGAGAGGCCCUGUUCUCCCCAAGACUAUCCCCCCGACCCCCACCCGUGUUCCAGGCCUCCUUCUGACCUCCUUCAGAACUGUGUGCACCUUCCUGCCUUCCCCGCUCACCUACCUUACACUACCUUGUUAGCUGCUGUCUUGAAAGCAGUGCAUUGCCAUUAAAUACACUUUUUUUUUUUUUUUUA